CUGCAUCAACCGAAUAUGGGUAAUCCUAACUGUUUGUACGCGCAACGCGAAUCGGCGCCGUUGCUGGGACAUGUGGAUGCGAGCAACCGUGGACCAUCUGGUCCCACGCAAUUACCCCUCUUCCCAUUUCCCUCGGGGCAUACGGCCGGAAUACAAUCAAAUCGUAUUUGCACCAUGCCUAUGACCUACCCCGCUCACACGUUCCCUCAACAGCCAGCCAAACUCCUCCUCUCUCUCCGUCAUCUCAGAUCCAGCCGCCCCUUCCAUCUCCUCUUCCACAACCGGCCACCGUCCCGAUCUGAAGGUCUCCGACCAGAUCAGCCUCCUCCCCACCACGGCGUGCGGCGAGGAGUCCCCGGAUCGCUCGCCGUCACCCAGUGCGGUGCAGAUCUGGUAGUCCGCCCUCACCAAGCAUUCGAUGCGUUGACGGCUCCUAGCACCAGAUACCGCGACGAACGAGCUGUGUUCUGCCUCCUCCGGCUGCCGAGGACCACGGACGCCACUUCGUCUCACCGGCUGGCUCAGCAUCAGCACCGACCACUACUCACAGGUGUGCAAAAUUGUUGCUACGUCAUGGAUCUAGUAGCACAUGGAUCUAUCACUUUUGCUCUUGGUCUUGUGUUCUCCAGUGCGUGAUGAAUUUGAUGAUGAUGAAAUGGAGGCUGGACGACGUCUGCCACACGAGUUAACAUGCCAGGCUCCUGACUUACUUUAGUUCAUGUCUUCAUGACCAGCAAGUUGUCCUGGUUCCUGCAUAGAUUGUAAUUUUGUAGGCAGAAUUGUACAAGAACUUUUCGGAUGUCCCACUCAUACUUUGCAGAAUUUUGACGAAGGACUUGUAUGUUUUAACAGAACUCUGUUUUACAGAGUAGACACUCUGAAUAAAUUGCUAACGAACUUUAUUUUUGUA